AUGCGAAUGAGGAGAGAGCAGCUCUUGGAGAAAUGUGUAAUCCAGGAGAUGAUAAACCCUGCGACGAUCCUAAUGCAGUGUCCGCCUGGCGGUGCUUUGUCAAUAUGCAAGUGCAAGAAGGGAUACAAGGAAGAUGAUGGCCGUUGCAGGCGUCCCAUCUUGCACGAAGAUUGCAUGUCUAACCCAGGAUGUGAAGUAGAAAAUUCAGAAUGUGUGGAGUCAGGCACCACAGACUCAACCACUUCAAGCACGACAGAAUCAACUACCACACUGGAUCCGACCACCCAGGAGGACUCAACUGCGACGGAGGACUCAACUGCGACGGAGGACUCAACUGCGACAGAGGACUCAACCACCAUAAUGUAUGAGGAUGUCUUUAGGUGA